AUGACCAAAAAAUCAUCAUCGAGUAGUAGCACAGCAAAAGUAACACCAGAAACUUAUUUAAUUAUUUGUUGUGGAUUUCCAGGAUCUGGAAAAUCAACCUUUUCGGAACAAUUAGAAAAGAAAUCAACAAAUUUUGUGCGAGUCAAUCAGGAUACUUUGGGAGAUGCUUCGGAAUGCAAAAAGGUGAUGGAAAAAUCGUUUAAACAUAACAAGUCAGUAAUAUUAGAUAGAUGUAAUAUUCAUCCGAAGGAUAGAAAAAUGUGGAUUACUGAAGCUAAGAAAUUGGGAGUGAAACAUAUUGACUUGGUUUGGUUUGCAACAACACCUGAACAAUGUAAAUUAAAUGUAAAAUCGAGAAAGAACCAUCCAACACUUCAAGCUGAUAAGGCUGAUGAGGUAGUGGAUGAAUUUGCUAAAGGAUUUAAACCACCUCAACAAUAUGAAGGCCCUUACGAACAUUUAUAUCAAGUAAACUCAGAAAAGGAAUCUCAAGAUAUAGUCAAAACCAUAGCUCAAUAUUUCAGUAAAUAA